AUGGAUAAAACGUCGAUGGCACUUCCAGUUCUUGCUAAGAAAAUGAAAAAGUUGGUUUCUCUUCGAUUCACGAGUCUGAAAAUCUUCUUCAAUUUGAAGUCAAGCAAUGGACUAUUGAAGUUCGAGGAGAGUUAUAAAAUGAAAGCGGAAUUAGGAAGAGGUGGAUUUGGAGUGGUCUACAGAGCCGUAAGGAUAUGUGAUAACAAGAUGGUAGCAGUGAAGUUCAUCGAAAAGAAAAACAUCAAGGAGUGGGGAAAAAUAAAUGGGAAAAAGGUACCAAUGGAAAUCUGCAUGCUGACGAAAUGUUCAGAAACUGAAGGAGUAAUUCGUAUUCUCGACUGGUACAGUAUCCCAGAAGGAUUCUUGAUUGUCAUGGAGCGUCCUUAUCCUAGUAUUGAUAUGUUCGAUUUCGUGAGAGCACAUGGAAAACUGAGCGAAGAGAUAACACACGUCUUGUUUCGACAAAUCGUAUCAACAGUUUAUGAAUGCGCUCAAAACCAAGUUCUUCACAGAGAUUUGAAGGAUGAAAACGUAGUGAUUGACCUGGCUACUGGUAAAACAAAACUAAUCGAUUUCGGUGCGGCUACUGAAUUUCAACGACGUCCAUAUACCAACUUCCACGGGACAAUCCUAUGUUCCCCUCCUGAAUGGCUUCGAAAAUCACUGUAUCUUGGAGAAGAAGCUGCAGUCUGGUCAUUGGGGGUAUUACUGUACUCCUCUCUAAAUGGACGUCUACCUUUCCGUAAUGAGACGGAAAUUUGCACCGCUCAUCUUCUCGGUCCACUUCUGUACCAUGCUAAGGUUUCACAAGAAGUGAGAGAUUUAAUCGACAGAUGUCUCACUCUUGAUCCUACUGAAAGGUGUACUCUUGAAGAAAUUAUGAACCAUUCAUGGAUCAAGAAACAACCAUUGUCUUGGGAUCAAUUGACAAAGAAAAAUGUCGAACAAGAGUCAACAGAAGCGAGUAAGGAAAGACAUUCAUCUGAAGAUUUCCAUAGUCAACAAGUUGUUUCUGGAUGUUGA